ACCGACUGAGACCGACGAUGGAGGGCGACUAUAUAUACCAGAGCCUGGAUCGCCAACAUGUUGUACCUUCAUGACCUAACGAACACUACUGGUUACUCCUGCUGGCCUCUAUACUGAUUGAUCAGACGCCUGUUCAGAAUCGCAAACUCCCCAUCUCCAACCCAUCAAACCACUCCAUCGCAACACCAACCCCUCAACCCUAAGCCAUGCACGUCCUCAUCAGCGGCGCCGGCAUUGCCGGCCCCACGCUCGCCUGGUUCCUCGUCCAGACCGAUAUCAAAGUCACUAUCGUCGAGAAAAGCGACGCCAUCCGCCCCUACGGCCAGUCCAUCGAGCUGCAAGCCACCGCCCUCGCCGCCUUCAAGAAGACCGGCCUCUGGGACCAGGUCCUUGCCCGCAACACCACCGAGCGAGGAACCCAAUUCGUCGACACCAGCGGCCGGCCAUUCGCCCUGUUCCCCGUACGAGAAGGCUUGCAGGCGAGCUUCACGUCCGCAUUCGAGAUCCUCCGCGGAGACCUCGCGGACAUCUUAUACCAGGCGACGAAAAACCAUCCAAACGUCACAUACCGCUUCAGCACGACCAUCACGCGCGUCCUGCACAACAACGAGAGCGGUGUAGCCGUCGAAUUCAACGAUGGCACCGCAUCCUCCUUCGACCUGCUCGUCGCCGCCGACGGCCAGUGGAGCAAAGUCCGCGCCCAAGUCUUCGAUGCUUCCACCGUCACGACCCUACACAAGGGCAUGUACGGCGCGUACUGGACCAUCCCGCGCAUCCCCGCAGACAACGCAUGGUGGAACAUCUACAUCGCGCUGCGCCGGCGCAUCAUGGCGCUGCGGCCGGACCCGUAUGGCACGGCGAGGGUGUACGUCACGUGCAUGCCUGGCGCUUCAGAGGAGAAGCGGUGGCGGGAGGUUGCGCGCGCCGAUCGGCAGACGCAGGAGGACCUUUUGAAGAGCGAGUUCAGCGAUGCGGGGUGGCAGGCCAAGCGGUUUCUGGAGGGUCUGGAGCAAGCGCCGGAUUUCUACUUCCAGGUCGUGGAGCAAAUCAGGAUGGAAAGGUGGUCGAGGGGAAGGGUGGUGUGUCUGGGCGAUGCGGCGUAUGCCCCUACACCGCUCACCGGGGCGGGGACAUCGCUCGCGGUGUUAGGGGCGUAUGCGUUGGCCGGGGAGAUUAGCGAGUUGGAGGGUGGACAACACCCGUCUAAAGCUCUGGACGGGUAUGAGGAAAGGUUCCGCCCGUUCGUCGAGGCGACGCAGAAGAUCCCCGGCGUGGUGCCGGGGAUCGCGCAUCCGACGACGGGGUGGCAACGGUGGCUGCUGGAGACGGGGUUGAGGGUUGCGGCAUGGCUAUUGGGACAGAGCUGGAUGGCGAGGUGGUUGGGGAGCGAGGAGCAGGAAGACGAGGGGUUUCCGUUGCCGCGGUAUGAGAGGUUCGAGGGCUUGAACGGGGAGUGAGAGCGGGCCGUGGGACCUUGUGUGUAAGAUUUGAUAUGUAGUACUUGUCCGAAGUUGUGCGCCCGGACUUGAACACUAACUGAAACCAGAU